UAUUCCGAUUCAUCUCAUCUCUUGGAGAAGACAUCUAUCUCAAUUCUUUCCUGAGUUUGUCGCAUAUAUAGUAAUAUACUUGUACGAUAAAUGCAGAUGCCCAUAUUUGGAACAGAGUUACAAUUCCAAGGACCAUAUGUUGAAUGAUCAUAUUCAUAUCGGCAACGACUAGUUCGCAAUGAGGAUCCCACCAAGUAGGGCUGGUGAGCUCCGGAAUAAUGGACAUAGUCAUAGCACACAUGAAGCAUCCGACAAUGACAAAUUCAAAGUCGUGCUAGACCAGCUCACUGUGCAGACUCGCCGCUUCAUCGAUGUGACUAGUGGUCUUACCCAAAAUGUCGCCAAUCUUACUGCCACACUCCGGGAGACACAGGAUGCCCUCGCAUCGAUCAAGACCGAGCUUUCCUCGCUUAAGCUCGAGAACGAACAGCUACGAGGCGAACUGGGCGCCCUACGUCUUGAGAAAAACACUAGUAGUAUUCCGCCGAAGAUAGAAAACUUCCCGCUGAUGAAGCUCCCGCCUAACGUCCGUAACAAGAUCUGGCACCUAGCUGCAGGACCGAAGUUGAUGGAGAUAUUCGAGAUUCGCUGGCGGCGUCCUGUGCCUGAUACGGAGCCACGCUCGAUAGUUACGAUGGAUAAGAGGCGUAUGAGGGUGUCACAUGCCUGUCAAGAAUCGAGGAGCCUCUUGUACCCCUCCCCACGAUGCUCCGAGUGGCCUCAUACCCCCGUACAGACGUAUAUGGACCCAGAUCGCGACAGCGUCAUGAUUAACGGCAACUUCAUGAUCGGAAUGAGCUUUGAGGAUAUCCUAGGGCAUGUUCAACGACUCAUCCUAACACCCGACCACGGCAGCUUUCAGAUUAUAGAAGAGAUAGCUUCAAGUUACGGUCCGUGUUGGAACAUGCAGCAGGUCAGCUUCGUGCUCGAGACUUGGAGUAUUCCGGCCCAGGCGAGCGCCUUGAUCUGCAAACGGUUAUCUGCACGUAUGCCAGUUGUCGUUGACCUAGAUGAUGAUCAGGAGAUGAUUCGGACGAUGAAUCAAAUCGUAGAUGGACCUUGGCACAGCCAGCACCACAAGCGGGUAGAUACGCUCUCUAGCUUCCACAAGCAAUGCCAUAUAACACGAACAAAGAAAUCGUAUAACAGGAUAACAUCCUGUGGAAGCAGGUUAUGCGAUACUAGGAACUGGGAGGGUUUCUGUACUGCGUUCCGUACGGGUUGGUAUGAGCAGAGUCAUUGGUAUAAUCAAGAUGUGCCAGAUAUAAAGAGAGUGGCGCUGUUGGUUGAAGGAGACGAAGGGACCCCUAAGAUAUCGCAGCACUUACCAUGGCAUCCGAAGAGCUCGUCUCAUUACUGAGGCUAUAAAUAUGUACAUGGCUUUAUUUUUACUAUUCCGUACCUAGUCAGUAUUGAAAUCAGUAGCUGAGAACUGUGUCUACUCAAAAGUUGGAUUUCCGAACUCAUCCGGGAGUGGGUCGAUCCGAGGCUGGAUCCAGGAGUCACAGAAUGGCCUCGUUGAAUUAAUCUUCCAAUUUUACUUGAACGAUCUCGCUAC